GCACACGGAAAUGCAGCACGCAGUGUUGGGGAAACGGAAAGGAAACCCGGAAAAGAAAACAGAGCAGGACUCCACUCCACACUCCACUCUCCUCCGCCCUCCUCACUCUCUCUUUCUUGGAUCGUAAGCAAUCGCGGAGGAAAUCCAUCCGCAAUCGUGGAGGGGAGGACAUUUUGAUCGGUGCUGGUUUGCCAAGGCGGGGACGAGGGUACAUGGUGGCCGUCAUGGAUCGAGGCGUGGACGGGAGGACGGGGAGGGGCCAGCAGUGGAGGCGCACCAGCCCUUUCUCCCGCUCUUUGCUCCUCUUCUCGCAGUAAUCGGGGAGGGUGGUGGUGGUGGUGGUGGUGCCGGUGCCAUCUGAAUUUCUGCGGAGCUCGCCAUGAAGCGGCCCGGCGGCGGAAACCCCUCCUCCCUCCACCAGAUGGCCAGCCCCAAUGAUAUGGACUACGGCGUGGUCGGGAUGGAGGCGGACGGGGACGCGGAGGAGGAGAUGAUGGCGUGCGGCGGUGGCGGCGGCGGCUGCGGGGGAGGGGAGAAGAAGCGGCGGCUGAGCGCGGAGCAGGUGCGCGCCCUGGAGCGGAGCUUCGAGGUGGAGAACAAGCUGGAGCCGGAGCGCAAGGCGCGGCUGGCGCGCGACCUCGGCCUGCAGCCGCGCCAGGUCGCCGUCUGGUUCCAGAACCGCCGCGCGCGCUGGAAGACCAAGCAGCUCGAGCGCGACUACAACGCGCUGCGCCACUCCUACGACGCGCUCCGCGUCGACCACGACGCCCUCCGCCGCGACAAGGAGGCCCUCCUCGCCGAGAUCAAGGAUCUGAAGGGGAAGCUGGGGGACGAGGAGGCCGCGGCGAGCUUCACGUCGGUGAAGGAGGAGCCGGCGGCGUCCGACGGCCCGCCGCCCGCGGGCAUGGGGUCAUCCGACAGCGACUCGAGCGGUGUUCUGAACGACACGGACGCGACCGGCGCGACACCAACAGAGGAGGCGCCGGCUCCAGACAUGGGGACGCUGCUCGGCGGGCCCGGGGCGGCCGGCGCGGCGGCGGCGGGGCACGGGCAGGUGUUCCUGCACGGGAAUUUCCUGAAGGUGGAGGAGGACGAGACGGGGUUCCUGGACGACGAGGAGCCGUGCGGGGGGUUCUUCGCCGACGAGCCGCCGCUGGCGUGGUGGACGGAGCCGACGGAUCCCUGGAAGUGAGGCGCGGCGGAGAGAGAGAGACUCGGUGGGAGACGACACCUCGCGCGGGGAAUAAAAGAUUAGUGAAGAAAGCAGGGGCUUUUCUGAAAUUUUUGUAAAUCUCGUUUUUAUCUAGUCCUUUCCUGUCAAACCCUCGCCGUCGCUAGGCAGCCAGCAUCAGCAAUAGUACUACUACUACUACUAGUGCCAUUUCCGCCCCCGCUCUUUCUGCCAUUUCCUUUUUCCUCCCGUAAACCCUCGCCUUUUAGCUAAAAACUUAAAUGUUCAA